AUGGGGAAGGCUUCCUGGAUGGCUGGGCCUUCGCCAAAAAGGUCCACGCGGGAGGUGGAAUGUCCUGGAAGAGGGCUUCAGGUCACGCGUCCCUGUCUGCUCUCCUACCCUCUUUCCUCAGUCCUGCCGACAUCUAGCCCGAAAAUUGUUGCGCCCCUGGCCCUCGAGGUGGGCACACAAGGGACCGUGAUCUGCUCUCUGGACGGGCUGUUCCCGGCCACGGAGGCCCAGGUUCACCUGGCGUUGGGGGACCAGAGGCUGAGCCCCACAAUCGCCUAUGGCAACGACUCCAUCUCAGCCAAGGCCUCAGUCGAGGUGACCGCGGAGGAGGAGGGCACCCACCCGCUGACGUGUGCGGUAGGACUGGGGAACCAGAGUCGGAGCGCCAGGCACACAGCCACUGUCUACAGCUUCCCGGAGCCCAACCUGACGCUGAGCGAGUCUGAAGUCUCAGAAGGAGCUGAGGUGACCGUGGAGUGUGAGGCCCACACAGGAGCCUUGGUGACCCUGAAUGGGGUUCCGGCCAGGCCGCUAGGCCCGCGGGCCCAAUUCCUGCUAAACGCCAGAGCGGAGGACAACGGGCGCACCUUCUCCUGCUCUGCUGCCCUGACGGUGGCCGGGCUUGUCCUGCGCAAGAACCAGACCCGGGAGCUCCGUGUCCUGUAUGGCCCCCGACUGGACGAGAGGGACUGCCCAGGAAACUGGAGCUGGGAAGAAGGCAGCCAGCAGACUCUGCGAUGCCAGGCCUCAGGGAACCCAGCCCCACAGCUGCAGUGUCACCGCAGAGGGGAUGGCGUUUUACUGCCCAUUGGGAACGUGAAGCGUGUUGACAGGAAUCUUGCUGGCACCUACCUCUGUCGGGCUGUGAGCGCUCGUGGGGAGGUGACCCGAGAGGUGUCGGUAACUGUGCUCUACACAGACCACCAUAUGGCCGCCAUCAUCCCAGUGGCAGUUUUGGCCAUCCUGAGCACCGUGGGCGUCACCACAUACCUCUAUAACCGGCAGCGAAAGAUCCGGAAAUACAGGCUACAGGAGGCUCAGAAGGGGACCGCUAUGAAGCUGAAUGCAGAGGCCACGCCACCCUGA